AUGGGACGGAAAUUUUGGAAAGACAUCUAUAAAGAGUUGGGAGUCCUGGGCCUCGACUACGGACCGCACUUUCAACGCCUGAAACGCAUUCAGACCAACGAUUUCCGCGACAUUUAUGGCAUCAAUGAAUGGGACGGAAAUUUCGUGACAUAUUUGGACGCAAUGUUGCAGUCAAUGGUAUUCUCCGCUCCAUUCCGUAAACUCAUGGUUCCGGUGAUGAUUAGGACCAUACGUGUGGACCCGCGUGUGUUCUUCGAGAACGUCAAUCGGAACCGAAAUGUAGAGCAAACGGCUACAGACAUCGAACAGUCCGCUGUGGCGGACGUUGGACUGGUGGUAGCGGUUGGGGGAGAUACGCAAUGUUGCAGUCAAUGGACCAUACGUGUGGACCCGCGUGUGUUCUUCGAGAACGUCAAUCGGAACCGAAAUGUAGAACAAAAGCCUAUGGAAACUAUGGAUAGCGAAAAUUCUAUUGUGGCGGAAGUCGGAAAGGCUAUAGCGGUCGGGGGAGAGAUGGCUCACGUGAGUAAUCAUGUAGACGAGGAGACCCUCACCGAAGCCAAAAUUUUAUUCGAUAAAGAGAUCGCCCGUAAGAAAGAGCGCUUCUCAGUCUUCUCGGCUGAUAUGCCGUUUCAUUUCAACGUAAAGUCCAAACGACUCGUCGCACACGGCAUCGAAGUGGAGGACCUGAUGGCCUUCCCUAUACCCAGACGUAGUGACGGCACGGAUCUGGUGUUAGACACGUAUCAGUUCUUUCCCAAUGAAGACGUCGAAGCCAUUGACACCAAUGAUAAACGUGUGGUCACUGAGUAUAUAGAGGUGUGUAAAGCAAUGGCCGCUAAGAUUAAACUAAUCGGUUGUAAAGACAUUACAUGCGAUUUUAAUUACCAAAACAUUAGCGAUGAUGUGAUACAAGAGUAUAGGACAACAAACAACGAAAAUCAUGUAAUGUUUCGUAUAUUUGAUAAAAUACUGACAGAAGUUGUCGACGAAAACAAGAAUAUGAAAAACAGUAAAGAAGUGAUGAAAGUAUUGAAAGAUAUAGAAAGCGGUGCCGAAUAUGAUCUCAAAAAAGAUCUGAUUAAUCAGAUCCAGAAGAAUGAGCACAUGAUUAGAACUUUAGUGGAUAUCGUAUGCGAAAACUUUGUAACAAUUAAAGAGAUAAAAGUGACCGAAAUUAAUCUCUCGACCGGUAUUUUGGCCAAAGAAGUGGAUCAGAUUAUGUCACUCUUCCGUAUUAUGCCAUACGAUGUCGACUAUAAACUUCAAAAAUUGAUUACAGCAAAAGAGGCGGACAAUCAAACCGAUAACGUAUGGCUUAUGGCCAACGACUUGGGUAUUAAUGGAAUCGUAGGGUUAGUCAAUAGUAUGCGAUUAGAACCCGGAGGAGAAAACUUUAGAUAUAUAUUCAAUAUGGACUCCAAUAGUGAGACAAACAUUGACUUCACGACUAAACCCUAUUCUGAUAUAUUGGCCAACGAUUUGGUCGCUAAUGUUAUCAAAGGGGGAAAACUUGGAAGUUAUAGACACAUAAAACUACCCAAAGAUAGUGAUAAAGUCCUUUCCAACGAGUAUUUCCUAAAUUUGGGUCAAACCCGAGAUCUCGCAGGUCUUCAAUGGUAUGAUUUGAGAUCUCUUUCACCGAAACGAAAAACAUAUGAUUUCAACGGUCAGAAAGUGACCAAAAAUAAAAUAAACAUUUAUAGCACUGGACUCUCAUUCCACGACGUUAUGUUGGCUACAGGUCGUAUCCCAUCGGGUCCUGAGGUUGUAUUCAUGGACUGUACAAUUGGUGGUGAAUUUGCCGGUCGUUUGGUUGAAACGGGUGAACGAGUUAUGGGUAUGGAAUCGGGCCGUUGUUUCGCGACAUCGGUCUACGCGGCGACUCAUACUUACGCUAAAAUCCCUGACCACUGGUCUAUGAACGAUGCCGAAAGGUUUUUCUGUUCGACGACUGCUAUAGAGAUAGCAUUGUUUGAAGUGAUGAAAGCGCUGGACAUCACACCCGACGGUAUAAUUGGCCACUCGUUUGGAGAGAUAGCCUGUGCUUACGCUGACGGGUGUCUCAGCACAAGGGAUGCAAUGGUCGUCACAUACUUCAGGGGAGCCGUCACUGAAAGCGAUCACAAAAUACCAAAAGGACUGAUGGCUGUCGUCGGGCUCUCCAGAAAUGAGGCCAUAAAGUUGUGUCCAAACGGAGUAUAUGUUGUCUGUAAUAAUGCAAAGGAUACUGUUGUUGUUUCCGGUCCGAUAAAAGAGAUGAAAGAAUUGAUUAAAACAUUGGAAGAAAAGACAGUAUUUGUGCGACAGUUAGAGAGCAGUGAAAUCCCAUAUCAUUCACAAUAUCUGAUCACAUCUGCAAAGCCUAUGACUGAAGCCAUUAAGAAAUAUAUACCAAACCCGAGACUCCGGUCCCGGAAAUGGGUGUCCACUUCACUCAUGACUACCGAUCCCGACGAUCAGGCCUUGAAAUACGCUUCGGCCGAGUAUUUCGUAUACAAUCUCUUAAAUCCGGUCCAGUUUUACGACAAAUUUAAAAGUUUGCCUUUGGAUGCGAUUGUCUUAGAAUUAAGUCCGCAUUCAGUGUUCAGCAAAAUAGUGACCGAAACUCUUGAGAACUCGACUCAUAUAUCGCUUAUUAAAAAAUACUCCAACGAUACAAAUCUGGAUAUGUUUUUGUCUGCAUUAGCAAUAAUCUACGAACUUGACGAGUUCUGUGUGUUAGAGAACGAUAACGUGUGUGUUGUGGGCAAAGUGCGGACUCCGGACGACGAGGUCUUACUCACGCCUAACGCUAUACUCGAGAGACAGAAACUGAUGGCCAGUACUCAGUACUCACUCGACAGGAAAGACAUAUAUAAGGAGUUGGGAAUCCUGGGCCUCGACUACGGACCGCACUUUCAACGCCUGAAACGCAUUCAGACCAACGAUUUCCGCGACAUUUAUGGCAUCAAUGAAUGGGACGGAAAUUUUGUCACAUAUUUGGACGCAAUGUUACAGUCGAUGGCAUUCACCGUUCCGUUCCGUAAACUAAUGGUUCCGGUGAUGAUCCGUACGGUACGUGUGGACCCGCGUGUAUUGUUUCACGCCCUGCGGCUCAACCGCAACCUACUAUUAAAGUGUCCAAACGAUAAAAUUAAAGUCUCUAAUGAUUUGAUACAAGAGUCGCCAUUUCUGAGCACAGCUAAGAGCAGGUCUAUAUUGGAUUCACAUAAUCGUAAAUUCAUUGAACGAUACGCCAAAUAUUCGGCUGAAAUGCCCUUUUAUUUUGACGCCAAAUGUCGCCGAUUAGUGGCUCACGGCCUGGAAGUGGAGGGCGUUAUAUUACUACCGAUUCCACGCCAUCCGCCGGUCGCUGACCUCGUACUCGAUUCCUAUCAGUUUUUAGCGAAUGAAGACCAUGAUGCUAUUACUUUGGUGGAUACUCAAAUGGUUAACCAGUAUUUGGAGGUAGGCACUUUGUAG